GGAACUCGGAAGUCAUCAAGGCACAUUACCCAUUGGGAACAUUCGUGAACGCGGCAACGUAGUUCGGGAUGCACUCUUUCGUGAACACUGGGGCGCUAACGAACGGAUUCCCUUCCCGAGUGUCGGUGCCAGUGGUCGCUACGAUCGCGAUCAUCUGAUCGGUUGUCAUCGCUGUCAGAACUCCCUGCUGUCCCGGUGGCCCCGGCUGUUUCCGUGCGUCGCAUCUGUUCGGCAGGAUUGGGAUCGGGGAUAGUGCCCGAUAGCAUGCCGAUGGUGGCACGGUAAUGAUCGGGAGAGACGUGCGCUCUUGAUUGUUGUGGCUUCGCUUGGCUCCAAGAUGCGCGCGAGGAGAUAGUAUCAGUGAGAAUGAACAGGAACAUGAAUUCACCGUCGAAGCUCACGGAGUUCGCUCCGUUGAGCCCCGAGGAGAACCAACCUGUCGUAGCGUCGCUCUUCUCCAAGUUCUUCAGCUUCACCAGGAAUAGCGCUAACGAUUCCACGGUGUCUUCCAACAACGACGAGCGCAGCUCUUCAGACUCAGAGUCCUGGAAGCAGUCGGAGAGCACGGAACAAACCCCGGACGACGAUAGUAGCAGUAUAAUAAAUUUCCCAUUAGAUACUAGCGAGGGCCGUAGCUUACCAAAUGUACUAAAGCGCAUCAGCAAUAUUGUAGCGUUAAAAAGCAAUAAUCUACGUUCGUACAAGGAUUCUCACUUAAGGAGCUUCUGGAUGCCGGAUAGCGUGAGCAAACAGUGUUACGAGUGCGGCGAAAGAUUUACGACGUUUCGACGAAAGCACCACUGCCGCGUGUGCGGGCAAAUUUUCUGUGCCAAGUGCUGUUCUGAUCAAAUACCGGGGAAAAUCAUGGGAUGCACCGGAAAUCUUAGAGUUUGUACAUAUUGCUGUAAAGUAGUUCUUUCCUACUUGCAAUCGUCGGACAUGAGGAGCGACUUAUCGGCGGAUUUGAAAGCCCUGCAGGAGGAUCUUCAAGUGAAGUACGGAAAUGAUUCGCCGCUAUUAGCACGGAAACACGCUAACGAAACCAUGGGCGACGAAACGUCGAUAUGUCGGAAGCCGAGCGUAGGAUACAUGGAAGAAAAUUACGCGACUGGACCAUCGAGCGGCAGCUAUUUAACAUCGCAGGAACGCUCACUUGUGUUACAAAAUUCGGCUUCUUUAAGGAUGAUCUGGGAAGAAUUGUUCCGCUCUAGUCAGGCUAUUCAAUUGCAAACGCACAGAAUUCGAUUGAAGAGCUAUUACAAUUGUUUUUUGGCGAACGAAUUAGUGAAUUGGAUGAUAGUUCAGAAUAAAGCGGCCACUCGUGUGCAGGCGACUGCGAUAGGCCAAGCCUUACUAGAAGCGGGUUUCAUUGAAUCGGUUGCCCCUGAUUAUGUAUUCAGCGAUUCGGCGACCGUAUUCAGACCGGUACCGUUAUCCUCUUUGCAAAACAUAGAUCUAUUAACGGAAAAGCGGACGACAUGCGAUGCGCAAGAGCCAGCCUGGGUAAAAACUAUUCCUCAACAUGACUCGGCUACGGAUUCUGAAAGCGAAACUAGACCGAUGAGCUCGCACUCGCAAACCUUUGGUCGUUUGCCGUCGUCUAGUUCGAGCUUUUAUUUAGAUUUAAAUCUGGAGGCAUCCACUGUCACGUUAAAGAGACCUACCUCGGAGGAUUUAACCGCGAUUUCCGUCGAUAGUAGCGACGGAAUAAUCGAGCAGAAGGAAAUUAAUCUUAAAUCGCAUGACUGCAAUCUCAAGAUAUGCGACGACCUUUUAAGCGACACGCUUCAAGUGCACGAAUUCAAGGAGAAAAACGGUUGGCACAGAGCGACUAAUCUGAGAACAGCCUUUGGCGAAUUAAGCGCGUACGAGUGUUUAACAUCUGCGUACAAAGCGCAUGAAGAUUCUCUCAUUAAACAACUUCUUAGCAAAGAAGGCUUGUCGCAAACAUGGUCGAAUACGAUUCUGUCUAUCGCGCAUCAGAUAAUCGAUCAAGUUAGACCGGAUCUGAAUCAUGACGCAGAUAAUUUGGAUAUUCGACAGUACGUACAAUUCAAGAAAUGUCCCGGUGAUAGCAGAGAUGACUGCGAGAUCGUAUCUGGCAUAAUUUGUAGCAAGAACAUCGCUCAUCGCGGUAUGAACGCCAUGAUCGCUCAUCCGAAAAUCUUAUUGUUGCAAUGCGGACUGAUGUAUCAGCGUGUAGAGGGCAAACUGAUAAGCCUAGAGCCUGUAAUGAUGCAGGAGAGUGAGUAUCUGGGACACACAGUGGCGAGAAUCACCGCUCUGGGUCCGGAUGUAGUACUAGUACAUCGAUCCGUAGCCAGAUUAGCUCAGGAUAGACUAAGGGAAUGCGGUGUGACAUUGGUGCUAAAUGUGAAACUUAGUGUACUGAAGAGAGUCGCGCGAUGCACGGGCGCUAGCAUUGUUAACACUAUAGACGCGCACAUAAGCGCAAGAUAUAUGCUUGGCACGUGCAAGAAAUUUUAUUUAAGAAAUUUUCCAGAUGAGCGAAGAGGUGUCAAGACACUGAUGUAUUUUGAAGGCUGUGCAAAUCCGCAUUUAGGCGCGACGAUUGUAUUGCGAGGCGGAUCACAAUUCGAAUUAAAGAAGGUGAAAAACGUCACAUCGAUGAUGAUCUUCGCGGCUUACUCGUGGCGUCUCGAAAAGUCAUUCCUCAUGGAUGAAUUCGCUAAACCGCCGUCACCUAAGGACAAUUCAUUUCUGGAUGAAACGUCUCAAAAGGAUUCUUCGAAUGGCGAGGAGACCGAGAAACUCGAAAGCUGCGUUAUCGAUGAACAAACACACGCGAUCGAUGUGACGAAGAAAUCGUCCAAGAUAAAUCAAAAUCACGAAGGUAUCCCUGACAGUGAGCAGAAGGUACAGAAUGUUCAGACAAAUAAUUCAAGUAUAUCUGCAAGGAAUGAAAAUGACUCUGAGAAUAUUUUAAAUACAAAUUCUCUAAAAGAAGUAUCGUCGAUGUUAUCAGAAGAUCCCUAUGACACCUUAAAGUUAUUUAAAACAAAAUUAAAACCAUCUCUGCAUGAUUCGAAGGAUACCGCGCCAAUAUCUGGCGAAAACGACACAGUUCCACAUAACGAUGAUAAAUCUAAGGACUUGGUAGUAAAUACCUCGGGCCUUGAUCCCGAUGUUACGGAAGUAUGUGAUAACUCCAUGGAAUUAUUCGCGAACAAAGAUACGUGUGUCGAGCGAAAGACCGACGAACUCGUCGACAAGGCGAAGUUGAAAGACAGAAUAUCCUCCGAAGAGAAGCGUAUCUACGGGGAGUCCAUAAGCGAUCGGAGUGAUCCGUUGCACCAAUAUCUAAACGAGGAUGACGAGGAUGUGUUCAAUCGUACGAGUCCGAGUGGUCAACGUCUGAGCGUGUGCGUCGCUGAUUUUCCACUGUUAAACAAAUUUAAGAAGGCGCUCGAGGACACGGUGCUGAGCGUGUCGCCGUAUUUAAAAUUUUCAAUACCUUAUCUGGAGACCGAAAUCGGGAGGAAUUGCGUGCUGAGGAGCUUCUUCCCGCGCGAUAUCUAUUACUCGGCGCAAUUUCUCGACAAGAUCAAGGAGACUCGGACGAACAGCGUGACUGUGAGCGAGCAGUUUGAUAAUCGCGACUGGAUGAACAUCAAGCUGAAGCCGCAGCAUCCGUUCGUCCAGGCUCGUCUGACCACGGACGUAGACGGUCGCGAGGUACAGAGCCUUCUGGCGAAUUUCCGCGCGUGUGGCAACAGAAUUCAUCCGACGCAUAACGUAUUGCUGGACAGAAUGCAGCAAUCACCGGCGUCAUUUGAGAGCGGCGAGCAGCAGAUGCCUUCCUGGCCGGAUUGUUUGGAUCCCAGCAGCCACCAACGCCUCUCCGUUCUAUUUUGCAGCUUCUCGCACACCGGCAACGACACCCCGGCGUUCUGCGUGAAUCCCUGGGUUGUAAACAUGACGAUGUACGGCCAGAACGACAUCGCGCUCGGCCGCUUUCUGGAACGUUAUUGCUUGACGAUGGAAUACAGGUGUCCGGCGCAAGAUUGCCGCGCGCAAAUCGCUCAGCACGUUAGACGCUUCGCGCACGACGGCGGCUGUGUGCACAUCACCCUGAGCGAGAUGAGCUGCGAGCCGUUCGUGCAGGAGGACACCGAUCAGAUCCUGAUGUGGAGCAAAUGCGUCAAGUGUAAGAGCGUGUCGCCGGUGGUGCCGAUGUCAGGCGACACGUGGUGCCUGUCAUUCGCCAAGUAUCUCGAGCUACGCUUCUACGGUGGUGUCUACACGAAACGCGGUAUGGACGCGUGUCAGCAUUCCCUGCACCACGAUCACUAUCAAUAUUUCACGCGCAAGAACAUGCUGGCUGUGUUCAAGUUCACCAAGAUCUCGCAGUGGGAGAUCUCCCUGCCGCCGCCGUUAAUCAACAUCAUCUACGAUCCGAAGCAGCACGCCAACGUGAUCGAGGAGAUGAAGAGCGUGACGUUGAAGGGCGACGAGGUAUUCACGGCGAUACGAGAAAAGCUAACGAGUCUGCAGACGGACUUGGAAGUCCUGAACCUUGCCAAGCAGCAACUAGCUAAGGAUCAGCAGUACUUCAAGAACAAGAUUGAAGAAAUCCAAUUGAAGCUAACGUCACCAACACUGGAAAAUAAGAAGCUGGAAGGUAAGACGUCUGAGAGACAAGUGCAAGGGCUGAUGUUCAGAAUCGAGGAUGGCAUCGUGAUACUCAAACGGCUCAUUGCGGAGGCUGUAUUCGCGUGGAAUAACAAAUUGUCGGAGAUGUCGGUCAAGAAGAAGGACGAACGGCCGCGUCGAUUCACCGAACGAUCCAUGACGGUCGGCAGCAACAGCAUAGUCGAGACCGACGGAUACAUAACUGAGGACACCGCGUCGGAGUCGCAGGUCGAGGACCUGAGUCCCAUGUCGGCCGAUUACAACGCUAUCGACGCGAUCGCGGUGGCGCAGAGUGACGUCCAAGCGUCCGAGCUGAUCGAGAAUUCUGACAAUGAGCCUCUGGAACCGCCCGGUAAUCCCGACGAUGUCGUCAACGUUCCGGGCUCGCCGAAGAUGCAUCAGAGAUCGCAUUCCGACGUUUUGCCGCUAUCCUCCGACGACGUUCAGGAUAAGAAGAAGAAGAAGAAGACGAUCCUGUCGCAAUUGCUACCGUCCGUUUCCGUCAACCAUACAAUAUCGAAUCCCUUGGGGCCUUUAGAGCACUACCUGCUGCCUCUCGGAUCCGUGGUACCUAUAGUGGUCUACGAAUCCGAGCUCUCGUCCAUAAUUGCGUACGCCCUGGACUCGCACGACUACAAACACGCGUUGCAGGAGCUCUUACGUACAGCGAAGGGACCAGAAUUAAAUCCCAGUCCGUUAAGCAAACGUAAGUUUCCCGAGGGUAGGGACAGUUCCCUCGACAGUUCCCUGGCGCAAUCGGGCGAGUUCAAGCGGCCGUCCGUGCUGUCUUUCUUCCGAGGCAACAGUCCCAAUCCAGCCAGCAGUCCCAUUGAAUCCGACAAGAAUGUGUCAAGCGCGGAAACGAGCGGUGGUGGUGGCGCCGUCGCUCCUGACGUCGACGACGAUAAGAAAGCGACCAAGCAGCAGAAUUAUAUCGAGGUGCAGUUCAACGAUGCCACGACCAAUUUCUUCUGCAGGAUAUACUUUGCCGCGCAGUUCGCCGCGCUGAGGGAGAACGUUCUACCCUGCGGCGAGGACGGUUUCACGAGGAGCCUAAGUCGGACCGUGCAAUGGACGGCGAGAGGCGGAAAGAGCGGCAGUGCCUUCUGCAAGAGCAGAGAUGAUAGAUUCAUCAUAAAAGAGAUGUCUCGACUUGACAUGCAGAUCUUCCUCGACUUUGCGCCCAACUAUUUCGCCUACAUGGAAAGGUGUCAGCAAACUAAGCAACCGACAUUGCUAGGCAAGAUAGUCGGUGUGUACAGAGUGUCAUUCAAAAACAAUACGACUAACGCAGCGCUUCGUACCAGCGUGUUAGUGAUGGAGAAUCUCUUUUAUAAUCGAAUCAUCACUGACAAAUUCGACCUGAAGGGAUCCGUGCGGAAUCGGCUGGUGAAUCCGGACGACACGUGCCACGAGGGUGAACUGGUCUUACUGGAUGAGAAUUUGUUAAACAUGAGCUGUGACUCUCCUCUGUAUAUACGAUCCCAUUCCAAGGCAGUAUUAAAUCGAGCCAUCGAACAAGACACCAAGUUCUUAGCCGAUAACUCGGUAAUGGACUAUUCGUUGUUAGUAGGCUUGGAACCGAGCUCCGACGAGCUCGUACUUGGAAUAAUAGAUUACAUAAGGACGUUCACGUGGGACAAAAAGCUGGAAACAAUGGUGAAGAAAUCCGGUAUAUUGGGUGGCCAAGGUAAAUUGCCGACCAUAAUAUCGCCGGAGGAAUACCGCGCUAGGUUUAUAGCCGCGAUGCACCGCUACUUCCUGCCGGUGCCAGACAGAUGGUCGGGUCUAGGAAAAAGCGUUGAGAUACCACCGCAGUAAAUACAACUUACAAAAGGCAAAAAUACGAACGCGAUUUUACAUACGGCAAUUUUAAUAUAUAAUUGAUGUAGAUUUUUUACGCGCAUUGGCAAAAAUACGAGCGCGUCGCGUACGUUCGUCGUGUAUUUGUAUAUUUUAUACCGUGAUAACAUACUCGAAAAAUAUCAUUGGAAAGUGAUAUUAAUAGUUACCAGUUUUUUAAGUAACUUAUUAAUUGCUACAUUACGUAUUUUAAACUUCUCGUACGGAAGUAACUUCUACGGCUGCUUAAGAAAUUACGUGUACCUGUACAUAUCUUACAUCGUAUGCAUUAAGCAAAUGUACAUAGUAGUCAUUUUAUAGUAUACUUUAAAAGCAACUGCUCGUUCUCAAACUUUCUCAAAGUACAAAGGUAGCAAUGAAACUAGACCGCCAAGACUAAGAAAGAAGAGGAGGAAAAGUACCGUUAUCAAUAUUUUAUUUAAUUUUUCAAAAUUAUGUACAUGACCAUUAUCUGUCUUUGUAAUAGUCAAAUAAACAAUAAUCAUAAUUUCAA